GCCGUCCUCCCAGGUGGUGGAUGGGUAAUGUAGUGUAGCAGCUAAGAACACGUGGUGGCGUCGUCGCGUUGCUGCGGAAGUUUACAGAAACAUGGCGGGCCUGGAGCUGCUCACUGAUCAGGGUUACCGCCUGGAUGGAAGAAAAGCCACCGAACUGCGCAAAGUUCAGGCUCGAAUGGGAGUUUUUGCCCAGGCCGACGGUUCUGCUUAUCUAGAGCAAGGAAACACCAAGGCUCUGGCUGUGGUCUACGGUCCACACGAAAUGCGGGGAUCGAGGAGUCGGGCCCUUCACGAUCGAGCUGUUAUCAACUGCCAGUACAGCAUGGCCACGUUCAGCACCGCCGAGAGGAAGAGGCGACCGCACGGAGAUCGCAAGUCCACCGAGAUGAGUCUCCACCUGAAGCAGACGUUCGAAGCGGCUGUGAUGACCCAGCUCUUCCCGCGCUCUCAGAUAGACAUCUAUGUGAAGAUUCUCCAGUCAGAUGGAGGGAACUACAGCGUGUGCGUGAACGCAGCCACCCUGGCGGUCAUCGACGCAGGCAUCCCUAUGAGAGAUUACGUCUGCGCCUGCACCGUUGGUUUCGUCGACGAGACUCCUCUCGCGGACCUUUGCCACGCCGAGGAGGGCGGGGGAGUGAGCUCUCUGGCUCUGGCGCUGCUGCCCCGGGGAGGACAGAUCGCUCUCGUUCAGAUGGACGCGCGGCUGCACCAGGACCACCUGGAAACUCUGAUCGAAGCCGCGAUGACCGCCUGUAAAGGUGUGAGCAAGGUGCUGGACGGGGUGGUGAGGCAGCAUCUCCACGAGGCGUCGGUGCACUCCAGAGAGUGACAGCUGGACUGGGGUUUCCGAAAGAAACUCUUUUGUUUUCAUUCAUGUCGUUUAGAGUGUUUCUUUCUACUUCUGUACAUAAACGGGCCCAACAAUAAAUAUGUAAGUGUGCAUCUUGCAAGUAAUCUUAUGAAUAAAUGCGUUUGUUUUAUGGGAUUGUUGAGAUGGACAGCAGCUAAAUAGACCACAAACAUAUAAGAGAAUGGCUAAGAAAAAACACAGUCUAAAUCAGAUCUGUGUACAAAAAAUAUGUUUAGUAGUGUUAAUAUUUUGUGAAAGUUGAGGAUUUGCUCUUCAUCAUAAGCAGCCCAACCACCACUUCCAAUUUAUAGAGCCAAGAAGGUUAAUUUAUAAGUACUUUAUUGCUUCUGUUUUUCAGAAAUCUUUUUUUUUUGUACUGUGCUGUUGAUGAAGUUGCAGGAAAACAGUGAUUAAAUUUGUUUUACAUACA